AUCCACUGCAUUCAUUUAUGAAGUUCCACGAGGAAUUCAUCACAAGAUGUGAUCUAAAGGAAAGUAAAGACUAUCUCAACCAGUUUAACCUACAGAUGGAUAAAUGUAAGGUGCAAGGAUAUCCGGCUAAAGUGGGCGGAGUCCAGUGGGUCGAGGAGAUAGCUACGACGUUUGCUAAUCACAUGAUAGUCACAUGUCCGACUCCUUUCGAAAGGAUACAAUUAUGCAAAUUAUUAGCCGAAAUUGAUUUUGGACAAAAUUUCUCUUGUCAAGGUCUUGGUUUCUCAAGAUUAUACAAAAUAUCACACAUACUAGACAAAGCAGGCCUCUCCUCCAUACCAGCGUUUAAAUUCACAGUUCAAUUCUCCCCCUCUCCCUCCCUCUCCCUCCUUGAGAUGUACAUAGUCCGAGUGAGGGUGGAUGGACUCAACACACUCCAUGAACUGGUCGUUAAGGGUCAGUUUGCAGCUGCUAAGGAAUACGCUAAUGUGGCUGAUAUACCAACAGCUGAAGUGACUCUUAAAGAGGCUGAGUCCAAGUACCAGAGACUGGUUGGUACCAGUUACUGGCAGUACCAACCAGCGAGGAUCAGUUUCUGGGAGAAGUGUCACCGCUCUUUCAUUACUGACGGGGUCAGACCUGAAGCAGCUGUGGAGUUUUUCGAAUCAAUAGUAAAGCAGUCAACCUCACCAGACACCAUUAGUCAUAACGAGAGGACAUUGUUACUGGUGUUAGCUUACCACUGGAAGAGAGAGUCAGGACAGCCAUUCUCCAUACAAGAGACUGAGAGAGACAUAUGGACCUCGCACAUAAGAGCUGUUAUGAGUCACUUACAAUCUAACGGACAGCAGCCAUCAUUGCCUGAGCUGAUAACAGACCCAAUGCUAAGUCCUACCCUACACUCACGGCAGAUAUCCCCCACACUAUUGCCAAUCCUCUCAACACUGUCUGUAGUAGCCACUUCUCAGUGGGAUAAGAUAGCGCAAAUCAACCAGUUGAUAUUACCAGAGACUGUAGUCCCCACUGUGAUGGAGAAAAAUAAGGAAUAUGCUCUCACUGUGGAGGAGCAACAUGUUCUUGAUGUAGUGAUUGGUCGUUUGCUCAAUGUCUGCCUGAUAAAGGAAGCACGAGAAUUAGCCGAUUUAUUUCAGUACGACUCUCCUGAUCUUACCAUAGUACUGUGUUGCAUCAAGUUGUCUCAGGGUAAACUAACUCCGGAUCAUUUGACUCCUGAAAUUCUCGAGUUACUUGCUAAUCGACCUCUUCGUCGAUUCUCUGUCCCCUCCCUGACCCCGCCCCCUGGAGCAGACGAGUCCACUAAUCCUAAGAAUAAAGUUUCUAACGAGAUCAUUAAAAUGUUGCAGCAGCUGUCCGAUCGAGCUAACCACGCCCACAAAUGCUGCCUGUGUAUAAUUAGCAUAUUUAAAAUAGCAGUGGCGCUACGAAAGACCUAUUCAUCUCUAGUAUUAUCUGAUGUUUAUGAUACUUUGGCUGAUCUUCUCUCAAGUACUAAUCCUGAGAAAUAUUCACUGGCUAAGAGUCUAGUCACCUCAUCUAAUAUGCAAGGACGAGAUAUUGCUGGUUUUUUGAGUAAUUGUAUUGCGGCGUCUCUUCAGUCAUAUAUUGGCGGUCAGGAACACGAUUAUUCAAGAGUCAAAGUCUACGAACCCCACAUGACUACCAGUAGUUUCAUGUCGUUGGCUCAAUUGUGCAGUGACCACGCCCUAAUGGGAAGGAACCUCCUCUCACUCACCAAAUCACUCUCUGGGGAAGACCAACCUUCAGAAUCCUCUCUCUCAAUGCAGGUUGAGUUAUUAAUAAGAUCUCAUGACUGCUUCACUCUUGGUUGUUCUGUUGAUGGUAUAGCUGAAGUGUUGAAAGUUAGCCGCGACAUUACGGCUAAAUUAUAUCAAGGAAAACACUACAAAUUAAUGGUUCGUGUGCUGACUGGUGUCGGGCGGUUUCGUGAAAUGACUUACAUUAUACAGCUGCUCCUUGAAUGUGAUCAAUUUGAGUCACUAGUACAUCACGGAGUGGAAAAAGUUGAGCAAUUGCGAGUUGCUUUGAUGGAUUAUCUUCGUAAAAACUGUAAGAAUGAUCAUGAGAAGAUGCAGAUGGUUGCGCUUAAGUUUGGGAUGUACCGUGAAUUGGCAAAAGCAAAGGAGGAUCAAGCAUUGAAAGACAUGAAGAAGUUGAAACACAGAUCAUUUGGCCCAGAGAGUGUUUCAACUUUAAAGAGAAUGUACUCUGAUCUUAAUGAUGCCUCUAAAAUAUAUGCACAAAAUGAUUGCUUGACUAGUGCAGAGUUCUGUAUAUCGCAGGCCAGACUAGUAGCACUCCAACUCUCUCUCCUCCAGUCUGGCAAAGUGAUAAUAAACAUGGAUGCCAAAGAGGUUAGGAAGUUUAUGGAGGAUCAACCGUUUAGCGAGUCUCUGAUUGUUGCAGAAGCUUACAAACACACUAUACUAGCUGACUGGGUCAAUCCUUUGUAUCAGAAAGUAGUCCUGAGAGGUAACAUGAGAUAUCUUAAUGAGUACAGAUCUGUAUAUACACUAACUCCUUCUGUUGUUCAAGAGCUAGCUAGCAGGUAUUUGCUGGACAGGAACAGACCUCAUGAUUCAUCUCAGAACAUGGCUAAAAUCCUCUCGUACUGUCCAAGUCUUGCUCUUAGAUAUAAGUUGUCAAAGCAGUUGAAUUUGGUCCUAGAGGGGACUCAGUUUGAUGAGGAUUUUCUAAAAGAUGUGGCUAAACUUUAAUGCAAGAAUUGGAUUACUUUUUGUAUGAUACGUUUUCUGCUGUGUGUGUGUGCACAAGAUAAUCGCUGUUUUCUAAAUUUAAGAAAGAAUUUUAAUUUUUAAUAUAAAAA